GUUCAAAGAACUCCUCCGGUACAAAAUGGAUAUCGCAGUACUGAGUGAAACUAAGAAGAAGGGCCAAGGAAAUAGCUUCAAAGAUGGUUACAUAUACUUUUGGAGUGGAGUGGAUAAAUCAGCUAGGGCUAAGGCUGGUGUAGCUAUGGCAGUAAGAAAGAACAUGGAGAAAAAUAUAACAGACUGGAAUCCUGUAGAUGAAAGAAUUAUUACGGUUGACAUGAUAAUACGGGGAAGAGAGGUGAAGAUAUUUGGUAUUUAUGCACCCACGGAUGACUCUGAUGCAAACACUAAGGACGCCUUUUUUGACAAACUCUCUGAGGAACUGAUCAAAACAAAAAGCAGACAAGAAAUAAUCUUAUUAGGGGACUUUAAUGGAAGAGUAGGACAAAAAAUAGACAGUGGAAUAAUUGGACGACAUGGGGAGGAUGUAGUGAAUGAUAACGGUAUGAGAUGGAUUGAGUUGUGUGAGCAAUAUUCACUGAGAAUAUUGAACGGAUUUUUCCAGCACAAGGAUAUACAUAAGUAUACUUGGACGCAAAAUACAAGGAAUCUGAAAUCGAUAAUUGAUUAUGUAGUGAUUAAACAAGACUCGGCCAUAACACCUUACGAUGUGAAAGUUUGGAGAGGAGCUGAAUGUGGUUCGGAUCAUCGUCUUGUGAAAGCCCCGGUCAAUAUCAAAUACAAUAAGAGACAAAGACUGCAGGAACAGAACAAUAGAGGGGAAAUCGCAACAUCAUACAACAUAGAUGGUUUAAAAAAUGAAUCCACAAGUUUUCUUUAUAAACUGCGUUUGGCACAAAAAUUAAAAGAUGACAUUACCGGCACAGCAGAAGAAAUGUAUGAUAAUGUGAAGAACAAAAUUCACAAGGCAGCAAUGGAAGCAUUAGGUCCAAAAGUAAAAACGAAACACAGUAAUUAUUGGUGGACUGACGAUCUAAAAGAUCUGGUGGAAGAAAAGAAGAAGCUGUAUCAUAAAUUUUUAGUAUCUAAGGAUGUCGAAGACAGGAAAAAUUAUAAUAGAAUUAAAUACACAGUGAAAAAGGAAAUAAUAAAAGCGAAAAACCAAACUUGGGAUGAAAAAUGUGCAGAAAUAAGCUCAAUGAUUGGAGGAUCUAGGUCUAGGGAAGCUUGGGCCACUAUAAACAAUCUAAAAAAAAAUUUGAAUGAAAAAAGAAAAAUUAAUCCUAUAAGAAUAGAACAAUGGAAGGAGCAUUAUAAUAAUCUUUUGACAGAGCACCGUACUGAAUAUCUAGAGACAGGAAUAGAUGUGGAGGAAAUAGUAAUAAGAGAAGCAGAGCCAAUUAAGUUGGAAGAAAUAAAAACAGCACUGCUUAAAAUGAAGAAUAAUAAAGCCCCAGGACCAGGUGAUUUGCCUAUCGAGCUAAUUAAAAACGCCACCAUGAGAAUGCUGGAACUGCUGUGUGAAAUUUUUAACAGGUGUUUGAAAGGAGAUCAGAUUCCUAAAGACUGGAAGAUAU